AGCUAAAUCCUCCAUAGACAUAUCCUUCUCCCUCGUUAAUUCAAGAGCAGAUUCUGCAUCAGAGGGAAGUAGCGACUGAUACUUCUCUGCUUAAUUAUAUUGAACACUACUGUAGCAAUUAUGAGUGUAGGAUCGGCGCCACCGCCAUCGCCGUCCGGUGGUGCCGGAGGCGGAUUGAGAAGCCACCAGCAAGACGCGGAAUUGCUCUUUCGCACGAAGCCUAUUGCCGAAAUCCGGAAUGUGGAGAUCGCCACGAGGAGGCAGAUCCAGGACAAGAGCGAAGAGCUCCGGCAGCUGGUCGGCAACCGCUACCGCGAUCUCAUCGAUUCCGCCGACUCGAUAGUGUUGAUGAAGGCCUCGUGCGAGUCCAUUUCCGCAAACAUCUCCGCCAUCCACCGCGGCAUUCUUCACUCCCUCUCCUCUGCCACGGCUGCUGAUUCUCCGAAGUCAAUUGACCAUACAAAGGCUCGCAUUUACGGCAUUGCGUGUCGAGUCAAGUACCUGGUGGACACGCCGGAGAAUAUCUGGGGCUGCCUCGAUGAAUCCAUGUUUCUCGAGUCAUCUGCUCGGUACAUUCGUGCGAAGCUCGUCCACCGCAGCUUGAUCAGCAACACGGAGAGCAAGAAUGUGCUCUCGAAUUUCCCUCUGCUGCAGCACCAAUGGCAGAUGGUGGAGACAUUCAAGGCUCAGAUCUCGCAACGCAGUCGUGAGAGGUUAUUGGAUCAAGCCGUUGAACUCGGCAUUCAUGCCUAUGCUGAUGCUCUUGCUGCUGUGGCUGCAAUCGAUGACCUUGAUCCCAAGCAGGUUCUUACCUUAUUUCUCGAAAGGCGCAAAUCUUGUAUUUCUCAAAAGUUAGCUGGCUGUUGCUCAAAUGUUAAUGCUAUUAGUUCUGAUGUGAUUUCUGUUUACUGCCAAGCUAUAAAGAUAAUUCAGGUUACUAUAGGACAAGUAGGGGAGCUUUUCUUGCAGGUGUUGAAUGAUAUGCCUUUAUUUUAUAAAACAAUACUAGGAUCACCUCCAGCUUCUCAGUUCUUUGGAGGAAUUCCAAACCCUGAUGAGGAAGUGAGGUUGUGGAACUUGUCUAGGGCAGAGUUGGAGUUGAAGAUGGUACUGUUGGAUAGGGAAUAUAUUUCAACAGUGUGUUCUGACUGGCUGAAAAACUGUGGUAAGGAGAUCAUGAACAUGGUCAACAAUAGGUACUUGAUUGAUGUUAUAAGCAGUGGACAAGAGCUUGCUGCGGCUGAGAAGUUGAUACGGGAUACUAUGGAUAGUAAACAGGUGUUGGAAGGGAGUCUGGAGUGGCUUAAGAGUGUUUUUGGUUCUGAAAUUGAGAUGCCUUGGAAAAGGACACAUGAGCUUGUGUUGGGUGGUGAAUCGGAUCUUUGGGAUGAAAUUUUUGAAGAGGCUUUUGUGCAGAGGAUGAAGGCAAUUGUACACAAAGGAUUUGAUGACUUGAGUAGAGUUGUUAAUGUAAGAGAUUCAGUUCAGUCUGUUGUGGGAACUCCUGGAGAACAGCUUGAUUUCCAAGCUUACUUGAAUAGAUCCCCAAAUAGUGGGGGGGUUUGGUUCAUGGAUCCAAAUGUCAAAAGAGUUAGUUCCCUCCCUGCUUCUAAAACACAGCAGACCGAUGAAGAUGAUUUUCACUACAGUCUUGGUGCUUAUUUUGGAGCUGAAGUCAGCCGCAUCAGGGAUGCAGUUGACAGCUGUUGUGAAGCUGUACUUAAAGACCUAUUAAGCUUCCUGGAAUCCCCAAAUGCAUCCUUGAGGCUGAAGGACCUUGCACCAUAUUUACAGAGUAAAUGCUAUGAAAGCAUGUCAGCCAUAUUAAUAGAGCUCAAGGAUGAGUUAGAUGUAUUGAAUACUAACCUAGAAAGUAAAAACUUUAGAGAUGGAUUGGUGCCACCACCUGCUGUACUUGUUGAGAGGUCUUUGUUUAUUGGGCGCCUUUUGUUUUCAUUCCAGAAGCAUUCUAAACAUAUACCUUUGGUACUUGGAUCACCAAGAUCAUGGGUGAAUGAGUCUAUGGUUGCUGGAUCAAUCAAGCCACUGACUGUAAUUAGGCAUUCAAUGGCAACUCUUGAUUACCCUAGCACUGAUCCUGCAUCCAGAAGACACAGCUCAUUGGCCAGUACAGCUUUGUAUGGAGCAGAGGAUAGUUCAAGCCUACAACUUCAAGAGUUACGUAAAACAACCCAUGAACUUUGUAUCAAAGCUCAUAAUAUGUGGAUAUCAUGGGUUUCUGGUGAACUUGAAGUUAUCUUAUCUCGCAGUCUUAAACAAGAUGAUGCCCUGUCCACGACUGCUCCCUUAAGAGGAUGGGAGGACACUUUGGUCAAGCAAGAUCAGUCAGAAAUUAAACUAUCACUCCCUUCGAUGCCUUCUCUUUAUAUAACCUCAUUUUUGUUUCACGCAUGUGAAGAAAUUCAGCGAGUUGGUGGACAUGUGCUUGAUAAACCAAUUCUACAAAAUUUUGCUUCAAGAUUAUUAGAUAAGGUAAUUGAUAUUUAUGAAGACUUCCUUUCAACGGAAGAAGCCCAUGGAUCUCAAGUCUCUGAGAAAGGAGCUUUGCAAGUUCUUUUGGAUUUGAGAUUUGUUGCUGAUAUUCUCUCUGGAGGUGAUUUUAUUGCAAAUAAGGAAUCAUCAAAAGUUCCAAAGCCAAAGGUGUCUUCUAGGCGCAGACAGGAUCAAGUACAAACCAGUUCAGUGACUAGGGAGCAUGUAAAUGUGUUGAUUAAUCGCUUUUCACAAAUAUUGGAUCCUAUUGACUGGCUCACAUAUGAGCCGUACCUUUGGGAAAAUGAGAGACAGUCAUAUUUAAGGCAUGCUGUCCUCUUUGGGUUCUUUGUGCAACUUAAUCGCCUGUACACUGACACUGUACAGAAACUACCAACUAAUUCUGAAUCAAAUGUUAUGCGAUGUUCCAUAGUUCCUCGCUUCAAAUAUCUUCCUAUCAGUGCUCCAGCACUGUCUUCAAAGGGAACAAACAAGGCUUCUAUAUCAACAUCAAUGGAUCACAUUUCAUCUAGAAGUUCCUGGAAAAGUUACUCAAACGACGGGCUAUCUCGGAAAGUUGAUGGGGAUGAAAAUUCAGGUUUGGGGAUGGCAGCACCACUCUUAAAGUCUUUCAUGCAGGUUGGUAGCAGGUUUGGAGAGAGCACGUUAAGAUUGGGAUCAAUUUUGACAGAAGGACAAGGCAGGUUUGGGGACAUGUUACCUGCACAAGCUGCAGGGCUCCUUUCAUCAUUUACGGUGGCCAGAUCAGAUUCUUAGAGCAUGUUUGACCUGGCUGAAACUUCACUAUAAAGAUAUGGUUUGAUAAGAACUACUGGAAAAAGCUUUAAUUUUUUGGUUGAAUACAUAGUAAGUUCUGCUUAUGAUAAAUAAGUUGUUUGGGUUAUUCAACAAUUAAUUUUGCUUAAAGUUUCUUUUUCCUAUUACUGAUUGUUAAGAUCUCCAUAAAGGAUAUUUGUUAAAGCAUUACCUCAUCGACCUUAUCUCUUCCCAGAGUUCUCGGAUUCAGCUCAAGGAUUGCUUCUUCUCCCUUAGGAGCAGUGAUGUAGCUCGAACCAUUAGGUUUGUUAGCUCAAAGGGAUGUAUGUAGCGUUGAUCGUUAUGGGGAGCAUUAAAGGAAAAACAAGUGUGGAAAACGUUGAAGGGUGAUUAUUGUGGAUUAUUGAUCGUUUAGUUAUCUGUAAAGAGUUGAUAGGUUACUGGAAAUGAUGGACAUUAUGCAGUUGAACUUUGUCAAAUUGAUUUUGCUUUA